AUGAAUGAGAAAGCCCUUCUAAUCCAGGUGCUGAUUGCUUUGUUCCUCUAUGUGAAUUUCCUAAUGAUCUUCACUUUCUUUCAAAAAGAGGCCUUCCGCACAAACACUCGCUACAUUCUCUUUGCGCACACACUAAUCUGCGACUGCACCUUUCUCAUCUUCACCGACAUGCUUCUGCUGCUCACCGUGGCUCGCAUCGUCAUGCCAACGGGCCUGUGCAUCGUAGUCUGCGCCCUGCUGGUGAACCUGAACGUGGCCACGCCGCUGACGCUCACGGCCAUGAGCGUGGAGCGAUACGUGUCCAUCUGCAUGCCACUGCGCCACGCCGAGCUGUCCACGCCGCAGCGCGCCGCCCACGCCAUCCUGGUCAUCCAGGCGAUGGCCUCGGUCCACGUGGUGGUCAUGCUACUGAGCUUGUUCGCCGCCAUGCCUCUGAGCUUCUACUCCUCGUCGCUGGUCUGCAGCCUCGUGAUGCUGAACGCGUACGCCUGGCAAAAGCACCUGAGUGAUGCCGUGCUGCAGCUCUACUUCCUGCUCAUGUCGCUGCUCAUCUGCUUCAGCUACGUCAAGAUCAUGGGGGUGGCGCGCGCCGCCUCAGGAGAGGACCGCAAGUCCAUGAACAAGGGGCUGAAGACGGUGCUUCUGCACGCUCUACAGCUUGUCCUCUCCCUCAUUCAGCUCUGGUGCCCACUGGUGGAGGCGGCCGUGCUGAGGAUUGACCUGAAGGUGUUCGAAACCGUUCGAUACUUUGACUACAUCAUGUUCAUUCUGGCGCCCCGUUGCCUCAUCCCGCUGGUGUACGGUCUCAGGGAUGAGAGUUUCACCUUGGUGCUGCAAUAUUAUGCCCUGUUCGGCUGUAACAAGAGAGUCGCUCCUGUUAAUGGGCAUAAGCCGAAGACCAGAUCAACAAAGAGACAGAAGGCGGAAACUGUGUAG